UUGAGUGUUUUAUCAGCAUAUUGGCUGUUGUAAAUUCCAUCUCUGAUUCAUUCUAAGGUGUGCAGUUUGGUAGCAAACUUGGAAUCAGAUCGUUUAGCCGAUGGGAGAUAGCCUAUCUCAGAUAAGUUGCAAUGGAUAAAGAACACAUUCUGGCACUGAGAGUUAUGAGGUUGACAAAACCUUCAAUGUUGAUGCCUAUCUCACUAUCACAUGUUGAAGAUACAAAUUCAUCAAACAAGAUUGGAGAUUUGGGAUCUGGAUUAUGCACAGAACAACUGUUGUCACUUCCACAAAGCUUUGGAAAUAUUUUUCUGGGUGAAACAUUCGUCAGUUACAUCAGUGUACAUAAUGAUAGUACACAGGAAGCAACAGAUGUCGUUGUCAAGGCAGAUCUGCAAACUGGCUCGCAGAGAAUAAGCUUAACGCAGCCUGCCUCACGAGACGUUUUAUCGCCUGAAAAUUCCAUUGAUGAUGUCAUGAGACAUGAAGUAAAGGAGCUUGGAACUCACAUAUUGGUUUGCAGUGUUUCAUAUAAAAAUGCAGGUGUGCAAAAUUUUUUCCGAAAAUUCUUCAAGUUUCAAGUAUUGAAGCCAUUGGAUGUCAAAACAAAAUUUUAUAAUACUGAGCCUCAUGAAGUUUUCCUUGAAGCUCAAAUCCAGAACAUUACAAACAGUGCAAUGUGUAUUGAGAAAGUUAGUUUUGAACCAUCAUCUCUUUAUACUACAAUGCCUCUCAACACCAUUGACGAUCAAAGCACCUAUGAGAGUCAACCAUACCUCAAGCCGAAGGACACAAGGCAAUAUUUAUAUCAACUCAUUAUGAAACCUGGUAGCAUAUCCAAAGCUUUUGACAAGGCACCAUCAGCGAUUGGCAAGCUUGACAUUGUAUGGAAGACUGCACUUGGCGAAAGAGGAAGACUUCAAACUAGUCAACUUCAAAGACCGCCUAUUAGCCACUCUGACAUAAGGAUAGAUGUGAAGAGUGUGCCAAGCGAAGUUGUGGCAAUGGAUUCAUUCAAAAUGUCAUGUCAAGUAACUAAUUGCAGUGAAAGACCAAAAAAUUUAUCAGUAUCGUUUAAGAAUCAAACAAAUAUUUUGUGGAAGGGAAUAUCUGGAUUUAAUUUGAGGAAGUUGGAACCAAAGUGUUCGACCUCGGUCGAUUUUGAUCUACUUCCUAUAACACCAGGAUUACUGGGUGUGUCGGGCUUGCGGAUAACGGACAUAGAAAUUGACAGGACAUACGAGUUUGACUACAUUCAUCACAUUCUUGUCCAUGCGGUCGCAAAAUGAUCCUCCAUCUAGAUUCUUCAUGCAGCGACCUCCCGAUUGAAAGGAAUAAUGUGCAAUAUACU